GCCCCGCCAGCCGCCCCCCAUGGAGGAGCAGCCCCACCACCACCAUCACCACCAUUACUACUACUACGGCCACCACCACCACCACCCGCAGAGCGCCUACCUGCCGCCGCCCGACGGCCGAGCCCAGCCCAAGCCGCCGCUCCGACACGAGCACAAGCACGGCGGCCCGCAGCACCAGGAGGCGCCGAAGCGGAGAGCAGGCUACGGAGAGCUAAAUGGUAACGCAGGAGAAAGAGAAGUGUCAUUAAAGGGCCUGUGCUCUGAUGAAACCACCACCCCAGGAUCCAGGGUACCCAAUGGCAGCCAGCAGCUCGUAGACACUAACGUGACCCCAAAGCAGACUGUGAAGGCCAGUGCUUUGGGGAAAGCUGGGAUCAAACCCAAGAACUUCAUUCAGAAAAAUAGCAUGGACAAAAAGAAUGAGAAGUCCUACGAAAAUAAACUUAGAGAAAGCCAGUCCUCAGACAAGCCAGAGGGAGUGUCUAUUCCAAAUGGUGUGGUAACCAAUAAUUCUAGCUAUAUCACAAAUGGCUACGUAGGCAAAGGGGCUGAUAACGAUGGUAGCGGCUCCGAGAGUGGAUAUACUACGCCUAAAAAACGGAAAGGCAGGCGCAACAGUGCCAAGGGUUGUGAGAACUUGAAUCUAGUACAGGACAAAAUAAUGCAACAGGAGGUCAGUGCACCAACCUUAAAACAGGAACUUGAGAGCUUCAAGCCUGAUUAUAGUGAACAAAAGGGGAACCGAAUUGAAAAUACUAAGCCUGUUUGGAAAUACGAGGCUGGGGCUGGUGGAGCAGGCCGGGGAAAGCCUGGGCUUGGGGACGUACAGCGAAAAAACUCUGAUGCCAAACCUGGGCUUAGCAGCAAGAAGUUUGAUGACCGGCCCAAAGGGAAGCACGCAUCGUCGGCUACGUCUAAAGAGGACUCAUGGACCUUAUUUAAACCACCUCCAGUUUUUCCAGUGGACAAUAGCAGUGCUAAAAUCGUUCCGAAAAUAAGUUAUGCAAGUAAAGUUAAAGAAAACCUCAACAAAGCAGCUCAAACCCCAUCCACGUCGUCUUCGUCGUCUUCAUCAUCUGCCGGGGAAACUCAGGCCCAAACAUCAAGUCGACUGUCCCAAGUCCCCAUGUCUGCUAUGAAAUCUGUUACUUCUGCUAGCUUCUCGAAUGGGCCAAUUCUAGCAGGGACUGAUGGAAGUGUGUAUUCUCCAGGGACCCAGCCACUGCUCUCAACUGCUGCUAGUACUGUACCAUCAACCUCCUCUGAGUCAGUACCCCAGGACACGAGUGCAACUUCAACAGCUCUCGAACAAAAGAAAUCUAGCCUUUUUAUCUACCCUUCAAAUAUGCAAACUGUGCUUCUGGGUACAGCGCAAGUCGAUUUCCCAUCGCAGACGAAUCAGCAGAACCUGGGAGAUAUCUUCCAGAAUCAGUGGGGCUUGUCUUUCAUAAACGAGCCCAGCGCUGGACCCGAAACUGUUGUGGGGAAAUCUGCGGAUAAUCAGUUAAUGGAAGUGACAUUUCAAGGGGAAUAUCCUGCCACUUUGGUUUCACAGUGUGCUGAAAUCAUUCCCUCAGGAACUGAACAACCUGUGUUUCCUAAGGCUUAUGAGCUGGAUAAACGGACUAGCCCUCAAAUUCUUAGUGCUAUUCUUAAGCCUGGGACUGCUGUUGAGGGUGGUGUCUUAGCUUUGGAGUCACAUCACACAGGUGACCUACAAAAGGCAGACACCGGUAGCCAAGGUGCUUUAGUGUUUCUUUCAAAAGACUAUGAAAUAGAGAAUCCUCUGGCCUCUCCUACGAACAAUUUGCUAGCCUCCGCCAAAGAACAGAGGUACCAGAGAGGCCUAGAAAGGAAAGAUAGCUGGGGUUCUUUUGACCUGAGGGCUGCUAUUAUAUAUCACACUAAAGAAAUGGAAUCGGUUUGGAAUUUGCAGAAGCAAGAUCCCAAAAGGAUAAUCACUUACGAUGAAGCCAUGGAUCGCCCGGAUCAAUGAAGGUAGCAAGACGAGACUGCCUGUUAUAACCUUUCUGCAGCAUUCGUGCUGUUCGUGGGGGACAAAAGGCUUUUAUGCUCCUUCUAAAUCUUCAGUGCAGCAGAGGAACCAUAACUAGAAUCACAGGAUAAUAUAUACAAAUAUAUAUAUAGUUAUUUAAAAAUGGCAACUGAAAGUAAUUAGACUUCUUAAGGAAUCUGAAAAUUUAUUUCAACGAGACUACACACGUGAUUAUUUAAUCUCCGGUACUGAAUAGAUUUUUUCGUUUUUUUGUUUUGUUUUUGUUUAAAGAGUGAAUGCAAGUGAUUAACGAAUACAGACUCAAUUUACAAGCCCGGUUCUAAAGUUCCUGCUGUCGUCUACAUGGGCAACAGCAACCCACUGGAGAGGCAUUUCCACUUGACAAGGUUUCUGUUUCUUGUUCUGUGACUGUAGUGACACACUAAUCACAGGGAAAUCAGGAUGAUUCACCAUCCUUCAUCUCCCCUUUCCCUUCCACCUCCCCUAUUUGUUUUUUUUUUCUGUUUUGUUUUCCAUUGAAUGCUGGAGAAACACCUUGAAGUUUGCAAAGUUUUUUUUUCCAGAGAAUUAUAAUCUGCAUGUUUUGCCAGGAGUAAAGCAGCAAUCCUAUGCUGGGGAUAUUGUCUUAAAGCAUCAUUCUUCUGGGGGAAAGAUGGUAAUACUGCAGUUCUAGGAUGCAUGGUGAAGUCACAGUUGACCUGGCUCCGGUUACACGUUGGACUAUUGCAACUGAAGAGUUAUUUCAUUUUAAAAGACGACAUGCAAAAAUAAGCAAUCUGUUUAGGCGUUUAAUAUGGGGGGAAAAAAAAAAAAACAACAAAAAACCCACUGUUCCCACAGUUUAAUGCCAUUGUAUUACUGGGAGCAAAAAAAAAAAAGUAUCUUCUGCUUUCAACUGUAGGUGCUUCAUAUUUGCUCUGUCUGUCUCCUAACACUAAAUGUGCCGGAUUUUUUUCCCAUUUUCAUUGGAAAACUGAAGAGGAAUUGAGUUCUGCUAACUUUCACCCUUCUUGAAUUAUUUUUCUUCUCUUAAAAAAAAAAAAAAAACCAAAAGAAAAAAAAAGGAAAAAAAAGGAAAAAAAAAGAAAAAAAAAAAAGAAAAAUGGGAAUUUGAAUCCUUUUCAAUUUGUCCAUAGAAUGCCAAUGGCUGGGCUUCCCGCACCUGCCCGUUGGAAAUGCUCUUUUAUAUUUUAAUGCAGUCUGUGUAUUUCCGGGCUCUGCUUCUAAUUAUCUCUUAAUAAAAAUAUAUUUUAUUACAAAAAUGGAGGACUUAGGAAUGAAAAUAAAAAAUUAAAAAUAAAAAAAAAAUUCCAAGGAAAGGAAAGCUCCCUAGCAGUGGUAGAGAAGGCUGAGCAGACUGCAGGCUCCAGCUGUGUAACCCGCUCUGUCCCAUUGCAGCUUGCGUAGCGCGUCCAAAUCAUCUUGGGGUUGGGCAGUUUUUCUGGGUUUUUUGAAAGGUGGCAAGUUCACCGGGUCCAGUGCAAGAGCAAGCAAUGAAUGAAGCAAAAAUGGGUUUUUCUGACCCGCCCAAGCUCCACACGUACUCAGUGCUCAUCGUGGGUGUUUGUGGCCAAAUACUGGCUCAUGUCUGGGCAUCAAGGUCAGCAGCAGUUGGUGUCUCCUAGAAUUACUGGGCCCUAUGGGGCAUUACAGGAAGCAGAUAAGCCCAAAACUUUUGCCUACCCCUUGUGCUUAGAUUUAUCCACUUUUUUCCUUUUUUUUUUUUUUUUGUUAACUAGGAGUAUGUAGCAUGCGUUUUUUAAUUGUUUUUAUUCUUUUAAUAAGAUUGUUCCUGAAUGAGAUGCUUAGGUUCAUGGUGGGACAAUGAAACUUAAUUCUGUACCUUUUGUAAGAUUGCUAGCUUUCUGCAACGCUUAGUUUUAAAAGUUUGACUAUGGAUUGCCUACUCCAUUUUAUGUAUAAAAUACUAUAUAGUAUAAUACUGUAGUGUAAUACUAUAUAGUAAUCAUGUAUUGUAUCAGUCCAGGUUCAGAAAUGUGUGGUUGGCCAGUCGCAAAUAGUUCUGUUUCACUUAUAAACUGUAGCACCUUUACAGGUGUGUGUAACUUUCAGAUGUAUAACAUGUUUACAGAUGUGUCCGACAUCUAGUCCUCCGACGUUCCUAUUUUUAAUUCUGUUGAGUCUCCCAACUGCUUGCCAAAAGUCGGAAUCGCCUCUGGCUCUGCUGUGGAAGAGCUGGGGCGUUCCUGAGCUUUAAAGUGUUGAACAAACUGGACGGUGGGACUGGGAAAAUUAAGG